AUGGCACGAAAUACCUUGGGCCGCAUGCCGGCCAAUUCACUUCCUCUCCCAUAUGCGCACGUUCAACAACCGGCACCGCGGCGCGAGCCCCGCCAGCCCAGCCGCACGUCCAAGGUCAACACGAAGCUCAAGGUCCUCCCCACGCAGCCAGAUACCAUCCCCGAAGAGGACGACGAGGAUAAUUCCGCCAACGAUGAGGUGGAUGAGGAGCAGAACGGCGUCAAAUUCUUCACCCCGCUAUAUCAGAUUCCUGCCGGUUCGGCAAGGCGCGACGCGUUGAAUCUGACGCGCUCGGAGAAGGCCAAGCUUCCGCGCGUGACAGCCUACUGCACAGCUGCCUCGUACGACUUGGAGGGGCUACAGACGUACCUCUCCAAUCGUCCACUUGCCUAUCGCACGCACCCGCGCCUCUUCGAGGCCGAGUGCCUAUACACACAGUAUCUCCCACCUGCUUCACCCAACUCGGUGGUCCCCAUUCAUCGCAGUCCUGUGAUUAAGCCCCUCCAGCCGCUCACGACUGUGCCUGAGGGCGACUUAUUGAAUCUCGGCGAGGACCAGUGGCGCUAUACCCCGCCGCGCCCCAAACGCCAGACGGGCUUCGCCAAGCGUCCCGGCGGAAAUACUCGGCGGGAUCGCGAACGCGCGCUCGACCGCGACCGCGACGAUGUGGAGAACGACUCGGAUUGCGACGAUUGGGAGGAGGAGGAUUGGGUGCCGGACGUGUUCCUGUUCGAGUACGGUACAGUCGUCAUCUGGGGGAUGACGGAGAAGGAGGAGAAGCAGUUCCUGCGUAGCCUCAAAAAGUACGAGGUUGAGCGCCUCAGCGCCGAGGACAUUGAGAUGGAGGACCUCAACUUCUACUAUGCGGACUACUCGCGAAUCUUCAACGAUGUCAUUACGUUGCGCAAGGGCUCGUCAUAUAUGACCAAGCUCGCGUUAUCACAUGCCCUGUCACAGUCGGUCAAGAUCUCGCUCUUCGAGGAGCUGAUCUCGGCGACAAUCGAGCAGACCAAGGACAUUCCUCAGAAGCUCAGUGAGACGGGCAAGAUUGGCCUGCCCCGCAGCGAGAUCAUGAAGCAGAUUGGCAGCCUGUUCAUCCUGCGGAUCAACAUUAACCUUGUUGCCUCUGUUCUUGACUCGCCGGAGUUCUUCUGGACAUUCCCAGACCUCGAGCCGCUGUACAACGCGUGUCGGCAAUAUCUUGAAAUUCCGCAGCGCAUCGACUUGCUGAAUGCGCGUGUCGAUGUCCUACACGAUAUGCUCAACCUUCUCAAGGAGUCGGUUAACAGCUCGCACGGCGAGCACUUGGAGGCAGUUGUCAUUCUCUUAAUUGCGUUGGAGAUUGUACUGGGAGUCAUUACUAUCUACGUGGACGUGAGUGUCUCGUAG